AUGGGAGACGCUCAGUCUGCGCAACGGGAGGGGAAGAAGGAUGCAGCAGCUGAGGAGGAGAGCGGAAAAGUGGAUGAGGCUCAGACAGAGCAGAAUAUUGAAGAUAAGCCUCUCAAAAACAAUGGGCAGAUCUCUGAGAUUAAUGGAAAAGCAGACGGCUCUAUAGCAGAAGUUAAUGGUCACUGUGAGGAUGAAAACGCUACAGAGGCGAUCCUUUCACCAGACGAAGAUGUUUCAGAAACAGAAGAGCCACUUCAAGAAGAAGAAGAAGAAGAAGAAGAAGAAACACAAUUAGAAAAUGUCGAAAUUAAUGAAAGGGAACCACCUACUGAAGCUGAUGCAAAUGAAAUGACUGAAAUGGAUGCAAAGCAGAAUGACAUCAAUGAAGGUUUUAGGAGAUUUUUCAGUAACAUUGGUUUGAAAUUGACAGUAAAGAGGGGCUCAAGUGAAAUAGCAACAGAUGUGCCCGAUAAGACUAACAAGGAAGAACCAAACAGACCAGAAGAUGUCGAGGAUACUGCAAAGGAGACCAAAAGUGACAAUGCUGAACAGAAUGCUGAUGUGAACAUAGCACAGGAGACUUAUGAUAAUGAUUCAACAACAUGUCCUACCCUGACAGAUGUUACAUCAGAGGAUGUUCUAGAAAAUGCAGAGGAGAAAACAACAGAAACCAAAGAGGAAGUUAAAUCUGAUCAUGCAGAAGAAACAACUGCGCCUGCAGGAGAAGACACACAGCAGGAUGCCGCACCUGAAGAAGAGCCACAUUCCACAUUUCCAUCUAGUCCUGAAGAAGAGGUUGUCGUAUCUCCAAUUAAAAGAUUUUUUACAACUGGAAUUUUUUCUGGACUACGGAAGAAAAAGAAACCUGCAGAAGAUGAAACAACUGAGAAAGAACUGGUAGACAUGGGGAAAAAGGAAGCCAUGGAGACAACAGAACAAACUGCACAAGAACAACAACAGGAUAAAGACAAGAUUAGUACAGGUGUUGAAGCAGCUGCAGUUGAGGUGGAAGAAGGGAAAUCAUCUUCCAUGGAUCCAUCAACCAUUACUGUCUCUGAGCCUGAAAUUCUGAGUUCUCAAGAGAAGGACAAAGUUCAAGCAAGUCCUCUAAAAAGGCUGCUGUCAGGGUCUAGUUUAAAGAAACUCUCCAAAAAGCAAAGAAGCAGGAAGUCAAGCGAUGCAAAGCUUUCUGACUCUGGAGAACAUGUUUCAGAUCAGCUCCUGUCAUCUACUGAGUCAGCUGAGAACCAGAAAGAAGAAGGUCCUAUACAGCCCUCUGUAGAGGCAGCUGGAGAAGAGGAUGGUGCAUGGGCUUCCUUCAAAAAACUUGUGACUCCAAAAAAACAUGUGAAGAGAUCCUCUUUGAGCAAUGACGAGACACAAAUCCCAGGUUCAGUAGAAGAACCAAAACCAAGUGAAGGAGAGCAAAUAUCAGAUCACAGCACAGAAGAAGGAAAAAAAAGAAAGGACUCAUCUGUUUCAUGGGAAGCUGUUUUGUGUGGAUCUGGAAGGAGAAGAAGCAGAAAAACGUCAGACUCUGAUGACGAAAUGCCACAAGUUGAUCAUAAGCAAGAAAGUGGAUCGAAACAUGGAGCAGAAUCACCCCUAGAAAGUUCUAACGAGAAUGAGCAUGAAAUUAUAGCCGCUUCCAAACAAGCAGGAAGUCCUUCAGAGGGUGAUGGAGGGUCAACAUGGAAAUCACUGAAAAGACUUGUCACCCCGAAAAGGAAAGCCAAGGAUGAGAAUGAAAGCAAAGAAAAUAUACAGUCUGACAAUGAAGUUACUCAAGAUGAGUCCUUUUCAAUAAAGAAACUCCUACCAGGACGGAAAAAGAGGAAGUCUGCUGAAAAGCAAGACCAAAUAUCUUCAGAUGAGGCUGAUAAAGAUGUAGCCUCUGGUGAUGAAGACUCUGAGACACCAGCUGUGGUUCCAUUGUCUGAGUUUGAUACAGUUGAGACAGAGGUUCACAUACAAAAACAGGCAGACAUAGAAAGUCAUAUACCUGAGGAAGCAAACCAUGAACUCCAGCAAAACCUCCUUGAUCACAUGGCUGAACCAGUCCUACCUUGUGACAGCAUGCUAACUGAAGCAAAAGAAGUCCAAGACAAUGAUGAUGCUUUAGAAAAACAGCCAUCUACAAUCCCUGCUACAAAUGAGGAACCUGAUGAUCUUUCCGAAUCAAUCAGUAAACAUCAACUACUCAGUGACAUUCCAGAGGAGGGCAUACUUACAGAAACCAUGGCUACUCCAGCUUCAGUCGCUGAAGAAGUAGCUAGAGAUGACACUAUAGCAGAGGACCUGAUAGAGAUCACAUCAGAGGCCAUUACAGCACCAGAACCUGCCUCAGACAUUACCAUGGCAGAUGAAACUGAAAUGAUCUCUGCUGUUUCCCAGUUAUCUUCAGAGUCUUCAAAAACAUCUGGCAACACAACACCAGUUCCAGUAGAAUAUGACAUCAUAGAAACAGAUACUCUCCUGCAUCAGGCUGUUGAAACCAUUUCCAUAAGCCCAAAGGCUCUCCCAUUGACGCACACCAAGCUGAAACAGAGACCCCUGCUAUGGAGCAAGAAGUUCAAAUUGUUGCAGAAAAGGAGAUCAUGUACAAUAUCACUGAUGAAAUUCAAGUUGAGGAUAAAGAUCAACCACCAGUAG